ACAAGGCCGCGCCAUAUUGAAACGAAUCAGUUGUCUGUUAAUUUUGGCUCGGGGUGAAUUGGUGUCUCGCGCUUUUCACUUUUUUCGUGUUUUUAUAAAAAUAAAUUUAAUCAAAACUACUCGAUAUUAUUAAUAAUAAGGUGUGACACAUAUUCCAGUAGUUCAUUUGAGAAAAGUUUUUAUAUUUUGAUAACAAGUAGAAUGAUGAUUUUUUAUUCAGAAAAGUGUAUAUACAUGCAGGAAGAUAAUCGAUUUGUCAACGCGAGUUUAGAUUACAAUUUCGGUGCACUAAUUGACCUAAGGUGCGUUCAACCAUCACUUCAUAAAUGUACCAUGUUUGGUGUCGUUGGAUGCGGCUUCUUCUGAUUUGUAUCGUGGUUGGAGUUAUUUUUGUGUUCAAGUUUUCAGUGUAUAACAAUUAAUAACAAAAAGUGGAUAUUAACAUCUCAUGAAUAAGCGGUAAAGAAGUGUCUAGUGAUUCGUAACGAACCUACCGUGUUUCGUAAAAGGUUUCUUUUAGGAAUGGGGUUAUCGCCUAUGUUGAUUAUCAACAUCUUUUGAUAAUAAUAAUUAGCAACAGUGGUAGGAGGCCACGAUUUGAGUGAAUAGGCUAGAAAGCAUACAAUUACUUUUUUUCGUUAGGUAGACUUAAAUGGGUUUCAUUAGAUCGUAAUAAAGUAUUGUAUACUCAGAUGUGUGUUUAUUUAUACAUAAAUACGUUAGAUAAUACAUACAAAGGUGAUACUUUCUUUUGGAAGUCUAUCUAAAAAAAUGGAUGUCGAUGAAACUGUUGUAGAUUUGAGUAUUAGCAACAGGUCUUCAUCAACUCCUCCAAAUUACGUUCCAUUUCAUUUAACAAACAACAAUUCAACUUCCUCAAUUCCUCAACAACAACCACUGCCGUUAACGAAUUCUAGAAGAGUUUUAAGGCCUAGAACAGAACCCCGAUCUUAUGUAGAAAGUUCGGAUGCUCUAAUCAACGGUUUAUUAGAUAAACCAAGAGUUAACGGGAAUUUUGAGUACAGCAGUGAUUCAAGUGAAGGAGAAAUGCCUCCACUCAGUCCAAUUAGGGAAUAUACAACUGCUGAGAUUAAGCAAAGGGAGAGGGGCCUGAGAAGGUUACGUGAAGAGCUUAGAGCCGAAGAAAUGAAACUAGUUCUUCUCAAAAAGCUCAAGCAGUCUCAACAGUUAAAAGAAAAUGUUGCAGUUUUGCCCCCUAAUAUUCCCGUUUCAGCUUUACCAACAAGUGGUUUACCAAGUGGUCUCAGUAUCACCCCUACAACAGUCAAGGUUCCACCCAAAGGUCAACAAUCUCCACAGAUGGCACAUUCACGACAUCCGUCUUCUAAUAAUUCGCACAAAGUGAGCAAUAUACCCGGCAACGGCAGUGGUAACUCUCAACACUUAUUAAGAGUUCAGCAACCACCACCUCCUCGUGCUAGUAUGCAUGGUCCACCUAUGAAUGCAUCUCCAAUUAAUAACAGAACUAGUUUAUCAGUUCCUCAACCACCUCAAAGGAGUUCAAUGGGUAGACCACCAAGUGGUUUUCCACCCGGAGUUAAAGACUUGUCUCCUUCAGUGACAAUUACGCCUGCACCUCCCCAAUCUAUUAAGGAGAGACCUAGAGAAGACAACCAAACUCCUGCUCAAAGACAAGCUGCUGCAAAAUUAGCAUUACGAAAACAAUUGGAAAAAACAUUAUUGCAGAUACCACCACCAAAACCGCCACCUCCAGAAAUGCACUUUAUACCUAAUCCGAGCAAUACAGAAUUUAUAUAUCUUGUCGGCUUAGAACAUGUCGUUGAUUUUCUCACUAAAGAAACACGAAUGCCAUUACCCCCACAACCAUUUGCUUGUAGCCAAUGCCAGUCUGACUUCACUCCCGUUUGGAAAUGGGAAAAUAGUAAAAAACAAAAAGUUUCAGGUAGUAAAUCUGUCAUUUGUGAACAGUGUGUCACAAAUAAUGUUAAAAAGGCUCUGAAAGCAGAACAUACAAAUAGGUUGAAGACAGCAUUUGUGAAGGCUCUACAACAGGAGCAAGAAAUUGAACAGAGACUCGCACAAAAUGGAGUAUUCACCUCGAGCAGUCCAGCGCCGUCACCGGUGACACCCGAAGCUCUUCCGAAGGCGGUAACACCCACACCUGUACCGAGACAUGCCCCUACACCGCCCGCGCCAGCCCCACCACCGCCACCACAACCUACUCCGCCGCCGCCGCGCACUUCACAUCCACCAAAUCAUCCUCCUCCUUCCGUCGCCCAGGAUAAGUACACGCAACAACAGAAUGCAGCUGCUAUGCAGGCGUUACAUCAGCAGAUCUUAAGAAGUUUAUCUGCUGGCGGGCCUCCAGCAGCUGCGCAUAUGCUUCAAUUUUCCCCGCUAUUUUACCCGUAUCAGUUGGCGAUGGCACAAGCAGCCGCGACCGGUAAAAACACGGCUGGCGGCAAUUUGGCAGAUAUACAACGCGCUGCCGAUCUACAUCGACAGUACCUGUUGGAUAUGAUUCCACCACCAACUCAACAACAACGUCACAAUUGGAAGACAUGAUGCGAAAGAAAUCGAGAGUGAUACGUUUAGUUUUCAUUGUGUAAUUAGCUGUUUUGUAGGGAUACGGAAUUAUAUGAUACGCCACUAUGACAAUUCAAGCAUACUACUCAUUCACACAUUAUUAACAAAGUUCAGUUGUUUGACAGUAGAUGGUGAUUAUACCUUUAUUUGUCCGAUGUCUGUGCUAUUUUUUAUUCAGUUGAAAUGAAUACCAUUUUAUAUGUAGUGUUAUUUGAACUUUAUCAGAUAAUUAAUCACAACUCGACUACAGGACAUAUUUAUUUCUUAAAAUCCAGCUCGAGAGACUAAAUAUAUAUAUAUAUAUAUAUAUAUAUAUAUAUAUAUAUAUAUAUAUAUAUAUAUAUAUAUAUAUAUGAGAUGAUUUUAGACCUGAACAAGUUUCAGCUGUAUAAAAAAUAAACUGGUCAAGAAAAGAAUACUUCCAAAUAAAUCAGCUGUAACUUUUAAUGUUUUUAAUAUUGACGUAAAGUCACAUUCAAUCUUUUUAUUGUAAAAUGAGGGCUUCACUACAGUUAUAUUUUUAUCUGAUUUCUUGUAAAUAAAUUUUAUAAAUUUGGUACUAACUUUGAAAUGUUUUAUGCUGUUAUCAAAUCAACUCUUUUUAUCGUUUAACAAUAUCACUUUUAAUUUAUUUUUUCGAUUUUUUUAAUUAAAUUUUAUUUUAAACAAACAUCCUGGAGUUUCAAAAACGAAACAGUCGAUUUAUUUUAUCUUUUGUCAAACAGCGUUACGGGGUAGCUAAGUUGACAAGUGAGUGCCAAAAAUUUCAAAAGAUGAAGGAUGUAACUUUACUGCUUUGACGAAAUGAGUUUCUUUUUUUUAUUUUUAGUAUAAUAUUGGUCGCAACAUGUGACCCUAAACUCGAUUGCUGCGUCAGUAGGUCUUUUGUUCCUCCUAUCGAAUCUCAAUUUUCAAAUUUGAGAUUAGUUUAUUGUAUUCAUUUUCAAUUUAAUAAGUCUGCUAACUACACCAUACCUUUAACAUGCUAGAAAAGUAUCUGACAUGUUACGCUCUACCUAAAUGGAUCAACGGCGUUUUGUAUCUGCUACAUCCACCAAAACUGAGUUUUAUUCUCCCACGUACAAAGUAUUGUGUGGUGUCUUUUAGUGCUAUCAACAGAUGACAAUGGUGAGACAGUCAACAAGUGCAGUAUACUCACCGCCCAGCGGUCAAGCAAAGUGGCAUAAUAGUCUUGACGUUCCGUGAGUUGUAGGCGACAGUAUUAGUCUGUGAUUUAACGGUCUAGUAUGAGUAGUGUUCAUAUAUUGGUUACGGUGUAGUGAGCAGACACCUUAACCAUCUUAAGCGUCCUUCAUAUUUGUACAGAGCCGUAUUUGUUUUAUGUCGGCCUACGCUCUAGUUAUUUUCUUGGAACAUUAUGAAAUUAGUCAGACCAAGAUAUGGAAAUUUUUUACUAUCAUGAAGCUCUAAGUGUGUUCCGCAAACAACCUGUUAGAAUCUGAAUAUAUUUCUUGUUAUAUUUUAUUUAAAAAAACUAUUUGCUAUGAAAUUAGUGUCGCUUUAAACAAUUAUAUUUAAUUACAAAUAUUUUUGUCGACCUUUUUAUAAUUAUUCAUUUUUUGAACGCAUUUAUUCUUUUGUUACUUUGUAUUUUACAACUGUAGAAAACCUUCAAAAAAAUAUUUUUCUGAAGUAGAAUUUAUUUAUUUUUGAUUACGGCUGUGCCGAAACGGCAUUGUACUUUUCGUUUGCUGGUGUACAACAAUAGUUGGAAAUAUUAUGCCGGCAGUACACACUCAUCAAUGCGACAUGAGCACGAGAUCAGUUUUUAUGUCAACAUUUCCAAGAAUUUCGUAACGAAUCGUACAGUGCGAACUUGUACUAGAAAUACUCCCUAGAUGUCUUUACUUCCUUUGACUUUUUCAGAGUAAUCAGGGAGGUCGAAAUAACUCCGUAUACACUCUUGGGUCACCUUGGCGAGCGUGUACUACCUACAUUAAAGUUGCUCUGGAAAACUGCUUUAUAAAGUGAAGGUAAAUUGAUGUGUACAGGAUGUCUCAGAAUUUAUUAGAAUGUUUCAAUUUUAAUUCAUUUAAAAUUAUGUUUAAUAUUUAAUGAGACACUCACAUAUAUCCUGUUGAUUUGUUUCUUUAGUAUAAUUCAGAUCUUAUGACACAAUUUUUAGUAGCAAAGAAAGGUCUAGAACAGGUUUUGUUUUAUCAAGAAAUUGUGUUAUUAGAAAACUGAUAAAAAGACUUGAAGGAAUAUUUUGCUUCUAAAAAAUGAAUAGUGAAGUAAAAUUCUAACAGUAACUUUAUGUUUGCCAUAAUUUUGAUCAAAAUAAAUACUAAUGGUUUACUGAAUAGGAUUUAAUUAUCUAUGUCGAUGCAUUCUUCUUAGUUUUGCUUGAUUUUAAAUUAGCAUAUUAAAUUCUGGGACAAUCUGUGUAGAAAGAUUUGAUACUGGCGAUUUAUAAGCACAAUUUUGUCUAAACCUUUUACAGUAUCGAAUCUUCAGCUUAUGUAUUGGUUGAAUAUUUGUAAAUAAAUGUUUCCACAAUUGUACAUUAGUCAUAAUUCUUUUUUUAGAAAUACUGGUGCAUACUAUGCUCAAUAAAUUUAAUAUAAGGUGUUCUAGUACUA